CGAAACCUUUACUUUUUCAAAAAACAUAAAACCCAGACCAAAACCGAGAGUGAUAUCUAACCGGUUUUCAAGCCCUGUUCGUUCCCGUUCCCGUUCCGUUCUCGCAAUUUUAUUGUCCCCGUUCUUGAGUAAGAACGUUCUUCAAGAAGAUUUGUGGGUUAGUCCGUUCGUUCUUUGAAGGAAAUUUAAAAAGUAGCGUUCUUUAGGCGUUCCCGUUCCCGUUUUCGUUCGUUCUCACAGCACUGCUUACAACUCUUACAAGUUACAACGUAGAAAGUAGGAAUUAGGAUAAUUAAUUUUUAAGAAUAAUUAUGUAAAAAAAAUUUCAGGUUGAAGUUGACCGACGCGAUCCACGCGAUCAGUAUGGAAACUAGCUCAUCGACAUCGAGCGAAUCCGACGAUCACCGAACUUACCCGAACAAUAGACGCAGCAUCGUUGACGUAAACGCAUCGUAAACAAUAUCCAUAUUCCCAAUCGAUUACCACGAUCAGUUCACAAUGGAAUCCGGUGAUAUCUCUAGCCAAUGGCCCAAUGAUGCUAUUUCAAGUUUAAACUGAUGUCAGUCCGUUGUUACGCGCAUCUCAUUAGGUUAGGUCAGUUUAUUACUCUCACUACGGAUGAAAUUCUCUCUCAACUACGCCAGUCAGAAUGGUCGUGGUACAAGAUUUUAUUCAAGAUUCGCCGAGAGCGUUGCAUUUCGCUAGUAGAAAUAUAUCCACCUAUGUUCAGAAUAUUUCCAAAUACGUGUACUUGGUCUCACCUUCGAAGAAAUUCAAAGCCGGUGAUUGCUACGAGAACUACAGCAAGCAGGCCAGUUUCAAGAUGAGAAAUUGCACUUGUCAAAUGCCCUUGUGUUAUGCAACAGGUAUGGCAGGUAUGUUUCCGGUGGGCUACGAAGUAGCUACUUAUAUAGACAACAAGGGAUGCGUAUGGGUGCUUCCAUCCAGAUUGACUAUUUUAUCGAUGCAAGAUAAAAAAGCGGCGUUGGAAUAUUUCGAAAAAUAUUUCGAAAACCCUAUCCAAGAUAUGAUCACAGCUGCGAGUAGAACCGCUUUCUAUAUCGUGAUGUCGAUCCAGCUCAGACACGUAGCCGUCGCUUCGACCAAAGCUCUAAUGAAUUUAGAUUUAAUUAUAUUCACUUUAUUCUACGUUAUUCACAACGAACUUCUAAACACCGAUAUUUUUCGAUCGUAUUGUAUACCCGAAAGUGCCUGGGAACUGUUAACGGAAUUCGACCCGAUCUGGGGCCGCAAUCCGGGCAGCUGGCUUACUAGAUUUUUAUCCUUCGACGCGCUCCAUACCGACGACCCUGAACUAAAAGACAGAUUUGGAAGAGUACGGUUACCUUUGAUAAGCAGCAUCUCGGUGCCAUUUUUCGUUCAUCCUUACGCCAUCAACGUCAAUCCUCAAUACGAAGCUUUCUACAAGACCGAACCGAUUGGUCAGUUGUUGAUGGACGACGGAGAUUCGUUCUGGUUAGUUGAUCCGUUACCGGAAUUUCUAGCUGCUAAAGCUCAUCUAACCUCCGAGUCGAAUCAGUUGCUUAUCUUGACCGAAGCCAAUUCUAGACCGGAAACAUCCUGGUACGGGUAUUUGGAUGAAUUAAAAAUGGGUCGUUGGAGACAUAUCCAGCAUCAUAGAGAGUUCGUUAUCGCGUUGGAUGCUCUGCUAAGCGAGUAUUUUUAAUUUCUCAACCUGUGUUUUUGUUUUAUUUUGUUUUUUUUCCAACGUUAUCGUAUGUAGGAGUCGAUUUGUUUAAUUUUUAUAAGCAGAUUUUGUUCUUUUUUUUACACGUGUUUUUUUUGUUGAGAAAUUUUUGUUUUUUUUUCUAAUUUUCACGAAUGUAUCGUGACCUGGAAUUUUUUGGUAGUGUUGAUGAUAAUGUUUUAGGAUACGAAUUGUUGGUUUUAAUUUGUACCAUUCGAUAAAUUAUUGAUUGUUUUUUUGCACGGUUUGACUUUGAUGUGAUAUGCACUAUAAAUUUGGAGUGUUUUUUUUUUUUAAAAUUUAAUGUAAGCAUGAUUUUUUGAAUUAUGUGAUGAAUUUUAAAAUUUAGAAGUUCGUGUUCAUCCUUUGACGGUAAUUUGUGUAUUUUUCAUGCCAGAUCAUGAUCAUGCUUUUAACGAACGAAGUUCAAAAAUCAUUUUUAUACAAGAUUACCAUUUUUUUUUUUUUUUAUGUCCUAUGUAUAAUUAAUUACUUUCGUAUGUCACUUGGUUUAAGAUGAGCCCUGAGGUGCUUCUUUUAUAAAACUGAUUUUUUUUAUUGUAAAAUUAGGUGCGAUUUAUUUACCAAAUUGUUCGUAAUUCUUGCCGUCGUUUUAAUAUUAAGUGUUUGUAAAUGUAUAAUUUUUAAUUCAUUGGGUCUAUUAUUAUUAGUAGAAUUAUUUAAAUGAUCUAGGCGUAUUCCUGUGUUCAACGAUAAACUUUCGUACGAGGAGAAAGAGAAUCAAAAGUUACGUUUAUCGACCUUUUUUUUUGCUGUGAAUUUGUGAUACUUUUGAUUUGAAAAUUUUCUUGUACUAUUCGAAAUUGAUGCGAAGUUCAGAAUUUUGAAUUUUUGAUUAAUGUAAGUUUAAAGUGAUUACGAUUUUUGGACCAUGUUUUGGACUUGUUUUUUCAAAUUAAUUAAAAAUAAUAAUAAUGAAAUUAGUCACAAAGUUUUUUCAGACUUUGAAGAAAAUAUAAUAAUUAUUUGAUUCUUUUUUAGUGCCAUUUUUAACUUAAGCUUAUUAUUUUUUGUUUUUAUUUUUUAGGAGUGUUUAUUUUUAUUUCUUUAAUUUUUAAUACGUUGAAAUGGUUUUUUUCUGUAAUAUUUGUCGCAGGAAUGUCAAUCUUGUGUAAUUUUAAUGUGUAAAUGGAAUCCCACUUUAAAAAUCUGUUUACCUCCCCCCCCCCCUCUCCAUGUUACGUAAAAAUGAAAAUCUUGUCCGAGAUAAUUUUUGUAGGAAAAUUCUGAUUUGAUUUUUACCUACUAAAAACUCUUUAAUUUUUAUUCAGAUAAAAUCGGUGAAUUAAUGUAAUUUUUUAUGCCAAAGUAAGUUUUUUUUUUUUUAAAAAAAAGGUAUUAUUUUAAAUUAAAUUCCAAAUUUUAAAAUCUUUCUACUGCUGCAAAGUUUUGUUUGUAUCAAACAUAUUAGUUGGAAAAAAAAACGAGGAUAGAAAUUUUCAAAAUUGAACUUUGGUCAAGUAAAAAGGUCAAUCUUGAUUUAAAAGAAAAAAAAAAGUACAAAACAAACAUCUAGUCCCUAUUCAUUGUAGUCUUAUUUAAAAAUAAAAUUCAUUGUUUUGUAUGAAAAAUAACGGAUUACUCAUCGAAGUUAGGGAAAAUGCCUGACAGGCUGAUAAUUAAUCAUACCUAUGGUGUACUUUAUUUACCAACUACCAUUUUAUUUUAUUUUUCAGCCUACCAAUGUAGGGAUUUAAUUGUAAUUUUUUUACAUUGUUUUAGCUUUGUUAUUGAAGUCCUUUUUAGUGUUAUAAAAACGAGUGAACCAAAAUAUCGAUACCUACCAAUUUUGUUGAUCUUCUAGUUUUGUUAGUUUUUAUGAUUUACCUACUUGUACAGCUUCCUUGAAUUGUUUUCAUAUCUUCUACUUGUGUUCUUAUAGCUGUCUUUUGUGUACAGAUUUUUGUUAUUUUAAUUUUGCAGAUUGCAUGAUUAAUUAUUUUGUUUACAGUAAAAAUAUGUUAUUUUCUGAA